AAGUCUUGAACGUGUUAAAGAUGAGCAUGCGCAGAACACACAAGAGGCGCAUGUUUUCUACGUCAUCAUAAGCGACGGAACUGGAACGUAUGAUAACCUCUGCAGUAAAAUGUACAGACCAAAAGCCACAUUGCGAGAUCGGCAGCAUCUUUACAAGCUCAUUAUUAGUCAGCUGCUCUAUGAUGGCUAUACAAGCAUUGCCAACUGUCUUAUUGGAGAGGUGAAGCCCCAGUCGGUGGUGUCUCCUUCAGAACAGCUGCUACAACUUGCUAAACUUGGUAUGGAGAACGAUGACAGUGCAGUGCAGUAUGCUAUUGGAAGGUCAGAUACAGUGGCCCCUGGCACUGGAAUUGAUCUGGAAUUUGAUGCUGAUGUGCAGACUAUGUCUCCAGAGGCAUCAGAAUAUGAGACCUGCUAUGUAACUUCACACAAGGGUCCUUGUCGAGUUGCUACCUACAGUCGUGAUGGUCAGCUUAUUGCCACUGGUUCAGCAGAUGCUUCCAUCAAAAUCUUGGAUACAGAACGUAUGCUAGCAAAAAGUGCUAUGCCUAUUGAGGUGAUGAUGAAUGAGACAGCCCAGCAGAAUAUGGAAAAUCACCCUGUUAUCCGCACACUUUAUGACCACGUGGACGAGGUGACCUGCUUAGCUUUCCAUCCCACUGAGCAGAUUCUGGCAUCAGGUUCUCGUGACUACACUCUCAAGCUCUUUGAUUACUCCAAACCUUCUGCAAAGAGAGCUUUUAAGUACAUACAGGAAGCUGAAAUGCUGCGAUCAAUCUCCUUCCAUCCUUCAGGUGACUUUUUACUAGUGGGCACUCAGCACCCAACACUACGGUUAUAUGAUGUGAAUACUUUCCAGUGCUAUGUUUCCUCAAAUCCCCGUGAUCAGCACACAGACACAAUCAGUGGCGUCAGUUACAACCCCACUGCCAACAGUUAUGUUACAUGUAGCAAAGAUGGCAGCAUCAAGCUCUGGGAUGGAGUCUCCAAUCGAUGUGUUGCCACAUUUGAGAAGGCACAUGAUGGAGCAGAGGUCUGCUCUGCAAUUUUUUCCAAGAACUCCAAAUACAUUUUGUCUAGUGGUAAGGAUUCAGUGGCCAAACUUUGGGAGAUAUCCACCGGGCGCACUCUAGUGAAAUACACAGGUGCUGGACUGAGUGGGCGACAAAUGCAUCGUACACAAGCAGUUUUCAACCAUACAGAGGACUAUGUUCUACUGCCUGAUGAGAGAACCAUCAGCCUUUGUUGCUGGGACUCCCGUUCAGCAGAAAGGAAGAAUCUUCUAUCUCUGGGACAUAACAACAUAGUACGCUGCAUUGUUCACUCGCCAACCAACCCUGGCUUCAUGACCUGCAGUGAUGAUUUUCGUGCACGUUUUUGGUACCGCAGGACUACCACUGACUGAAGAAGGAAAAAUAUGGUUGGUCAAAUGGGUUGGUGGUGGUCAGAGUGUUCCCUACAUCUGGUAAAGAGGGAAGGGGCUAGUAUUCCCAAACUUUUUUUUUUCCCCAAAGACCUAAUCUAAAAAGUAAAAUUAUUUAAAAGAUUUUUUUGGUAUUGACACAAAUUGUGUUUAAUUCUGAAAGCAGUUUCCCUAAAUCUUACAUCUCUGAAACAUGGAAGUUGAUGCUAUACUGUCGUCAAGUGCAGAAAUUUGGGCAGGGUCUGUCAGCUAGUCAUAAAGUACAUAGGUUUUAGUGUAACAAAUGUGUGCACAAAUUCCGGUGUUGCCUUUAGAAUUCAGACUGUAUUAGACAUACUUUUAUCUUUUAGUACAGAAAUAACAAUGCUUUCAAUAACAGUGGCUGUAAUUUUUAAUUUUUGUGACAGUUUAUAGUGUUCUUGUCAAGUUUUUUUUUUUUAAACAUUUUUUGUAAAAAACUUUAAUAUUAAAUACAUUGAUCACACAGAUCAAUUGUUUCUGUA